AUGCCUUUACAGCCGUCCUCUUCUCAUUCCGAAAGGAAGAAUAGGAUCCACCUCCAUGCUUCUUCAAGAAAUUCCAAGCAGCAAGAAUGGGAUAGAGAGUUAGUAGCAUUAAUCAUCAAACUUUUGGGUGAAAACGAUCAUGAUUCGCUAGCUCUCAUCGCUAGAAAUGCUGGUAUUCCUCCACAGUUGCGUCAUGCAGUGUGGCCAAUCUUGUUGAAGUAUCAUCCUAUGGUUAUUUCUCCAAAUAUUUUAUCAAACACGCUAGUUUUGAAGGACGAUGAGAACGAAACGGAAUUACAAUAUUUCCCAGAAGAUCGAACCGACGACGAAAUCUCAGAUCUAAUGGACAACGAAUUAAACAAAUACUUUCAAGUGAGACAUUCUGUUCCCGUACCUCCAGAAAUUCAGCAUAUCAAGAGUCGAUUGAAAGAUUGUGUCUGGCAAUUUUUGAAGAAGUGGGGCAAAAUUUGUAAGUAUGAAUCUGGUUUAAUUUGGAUAGCUCUUGGGUUGGCAGAAUGGUGUCCAAUGUCAACUGGUGAUGAUUUGGUAUUAAGUGGAAAAAAGCACCACAAUCAUAACUCUGCAUUAUUCCACCUAUAUAAUGAGUAUCCGAUGCUCGACCAUUUGGUGCAAAAAUUACCUGUACCGGAGUUCUCAUUCGAUGCUGUUUAUGAACGUUUAGUUAUGGUACUCUUUCAUUCUCCGGUUCUAGACGAAAAACCUGACAAUUCUACCUAUUAUCUCUUUAAAAGCGGUAAUUUAAACCAACAAUCACAACUGUUCUUCAAAAUUUUCGCAAAGACCUUACCUGAACUUUACCAACCUAUCACGGAUGAAGGUGCUUUACAAGGUUCCAAAAAAAUCACAUGGCUGUAUUGGUGGAUCAAGUGUUGCGGUUGCAAAGUCUUGCAUCGUCAGGAUAGAGCUAGAAUAUGGGAUGUUUUAUUAGGCUGGAGGCCGCGACCAGAGUCAAUUAACUACUACCUUGACUACAAUCGUAAAUCAUUUGAAAGUAUCUAUACUAAAGAAUUGAGGUUGCCUGAAGAUGUUUUCCACAGGAUAUGUAAGGGUGAACAUGACGAAUUCUGGUUCCCAGACUUAAUGUCUUUGAAGCUAGGUAAAAAUGGGUUGAAUACUGAUAAAGACGUAAUAAGAGAGUUAAUUAGAAGGAAUAAGUAUGGCGAAGAACCCGAACCUCACGAAAAUGAAAUCCCAUACUCACUUCUAAACCCUCGAACCCAACUCUUGUUCAUUUACGUGGCCAUUAUUCAACAUAAUGAGUUCAAACUCUUGGAGUUUGAAGAAACUGAAAUUACAGAGUUCUUAAAUAAUGUGCCAUUAAUCUCAAAAUUUGAUGACUACAAUUUCAAAAAAAUGUACGACGAUGAUAUUACUAGCGGAAGUUCCACAGACACAGACGAAUCUAUUAUCUCUUUAACAAGGCCGUCGCUUAAUCAUAUGAUGAUUGAAGUCGGGACGGAUGAUAAAAUUGCUAAUUCUUUUGACGAAAUUUACCAGCAGGCUGGUGACAUCUGGAGAAACUGGGCUUGGCAAGAGAUGGAAGAGUUUGUUGAGGACUAG